AAGAAAGAUGAGAGAAUAACUAAAGACUUUUUAAUGAACGAAUUCAGAAGUCAUGUGAAGUAUCUUGGUAGAAGGAAGCGUACGGCUCCUCCAGAAGAACAUCGUUUUUUUGAUAAUUUAAUCGAAAAGUUUGAGCGUUGGGAACAAAAUAUCAAAGAUGAUGAUUCCUCAAAUUAUAAAAGCAUUUAUAUAAGCUUUCAGAACGAAAAAAAAGUGUACGAAAAAGAAUUUAGAAGGCUAAAAAAAGAAAACGAGUCACUUAAACAAGAAAUUUGUGAUAAUAACGUUAAAAUUCGUGAAUUAGAAAACCAGAUUGGGGAGUUGAAAAUUAGUGUCGAGGAUCUAGAUGUUGAAAUCGAACGUAUGGAGAUAGACAACAAUCAAAAGAUUAAGGAUCUAAAGACAGAAAUCGAAGAGUUGAGUCCUUAUAAAAAGCUUUACAUAAGAGAAAAUUAUGAAUUAACUGUUGAAACUGGAACUUUACGGGGUCAAAAAAAUUUCUGGGAAAACCAAUAUAACAAACUUAACAAAUUAUACAAUUACCAAGUUAAAGCGGAUGACAAACUUUACAAAUUAUACGAUGACCAUUUGAAAGCGAGAGAUAAAACAGAGAACGAUCUUAUACGACUAAUCGAUUGUUUACAAGAUGAGAAUAAAAGAUUAGAAUCUCGGUUAAAUG